GUUAGAGUGGUAGAGUAGUCUCCGAACUAGCUGUCAGCUUGGUUGAUCAAAAAAUUCGAAACCGAUCCUCCAGAAGAUCCUGCAGCGGUUGCUCCUGCUCCGGAGCCAUGGAAACGGUGCACUCGGCCAUCGGCGUGGCGGGCGUAGUGGCCAUGCUUUUGGUGGUCACCCACUCGCUGAAGCAGGUGGGUGGUCGGUUGUUGGACCAAACCCGUGACCCGAUCUCCGACCUCGUGACCCGGGGCGGUCCGGUGGCCGAUCAGCUGACCGCCGUCGAAGGAGAAACUCCCUUGGUCGAAGGCGAUCGCAUGGAUGGCGCCUGUUCCGUGGUCCAAAGUAUUGGAGGCAAGGCUUGUGCCAUGGUGGGACCCCUGUUGCCCAAGUUGGGGAGCGAUCGGAAGUCCGGGGACUCCUCGACAGAGGAGGAAGUGGCCAAGAAGGACUCGGAACCGGCCGCUGCGAAACGGGAAACUCCGCCAGCGGCAGAUCCACCGGAAGAGGAGUAAAUCCAGCCAGCAAAGUCGGCUUUGAAAUCCAAAAUUUUAGUAGUAUCAAGUAGGCCUUGGCCUGAAACUUCAGAUUUUUGUCGGCUUUGUGUGACUCGAAGCCAACAGAGCUCAUUCAUUUUUAACAGUUUGGACUGAACACAUCUCUCUCGUUGAAUAAAAAAAUAA